UAUUCCCUUCACCGACUCACACAAAGUGGUUCAGCAUGUGAAAGACCUCGCUGUUUGAUCUCAGUCCUACUACUUUGCAUUUACAUUACACAUUGAGAGUCGUGAGAAGAAGCUGUCACUCUCGGGGGGUGAAAACAGCCGUGAUUCACAAAGACAAGAAGUAAUUUUCCUGUGCUCACAAGAUGACUCAGGAUGGAUCAUGAAGCCGCCCGGCUGGAGAAGCAGCACGUGCACGAUGUAUAUGAGAGCACCGCCCCUUACUUCAGUGACCUGCAGAGCAAAGCCUGGCCUCGAGUCCGCCAGUUCCUCCAGGAGCAGAAGCCAGGCAGCCUCAUCGCUGACAUAGGUUGUGGGACUGGGAAGUAUCUUAAAGUGAACAGCCAGGUACACACCCUGGGCUGUGACUACUGUGGGCCAUUGGUAGAGAUUGCCCGGAGUAGAGGAUGUGAAGUCAUGGUAUGUGACAACCUUAAUCUCCCCUUUAGGGAUCAGGGCUUCGAUGCCAUCAUCUCCAUAGGAGUCAUACAUCAUUUUUCUACAAAACAAAGAAGGAUCAGAGCAAUAAAAGAAAUGGCCAGGGUGUUAGUUCCUGGAGGCCAGCUGAUGAUUUAUGUCUGGGCUAUGGAACAAAAGAACAGGCGCUUUGAGAAGCAAGAUGUGCUUGUGCCAUGGAACAGGGCUUUAUGCUCCCAGCUCUGCUCAGCAUCCAGCCAGCCUGGGAGAAAGAAGCAGUGCGGACAUCCAGAAAGAAGCCAUCCCUACCAGCCUCCUUGCUCUGUGUGUAGCUGUUCUGGUUGUUUUAAAGAGCGAUGUGCUUCAAGACGGUCCCACAGCAUGGACUAUGAACCAGUGAUGGCUGGAACCUGUUGUGCAAAUGUUUCCGAGGAAGGAGAGGAAGAAAAUGGAUUCUAUAACACAUUAGGAAAAUCUUUUCGUUCCUGGUUUUCCUCCAGAUCUUUGGAUGAAUCAACUCUGAGGAAGCAAAUUGAAAGAGUGAGGCCCUUGAAAAACACAGAAGGGUGGGCCAACAGCACUGUAUCAGUCCAGCCUUCCAGACGCCCUAGUUUAGACUUAGAUCACCAGGAGCCGUUUUCAACAAAAGAGCAAAAUUUAGAUGAGGACGUGUUUGUGGAAACUUCUCAGAAACAUUUGGAGUGGCUGGGAGCACCAGCCACAAUGAAACAUCUAAAUGGAGACCAUCAAGGAGAAAUGAGGAGAAAUGGAGAUGGGAAUUUUCUGGGGAGCACCAAUACGAAGGAGAAUUGUGUGGACACAGGUAACUUAGAAGGCGGCAGCCCUUCUGCUAGUAAAAUAUCGAGAAGGAUUUCUGCAGUCGAUUCUACAGAUUCCAACCCAGAUGACAUAAUUUCUGUCGAAGAACAACAGCCCAACGUUUUGGAUUCCAGAGCCUUGAUGCGAUACUACCACGUGUUUCGAGAAGGCGAGCUCUACGGCCUGCUGACGGAGAAUGUGUCAGAGCUCCGUGUUCUGAGCUCUGGGAAUGACCAUGGCAACUGGUGUGUCAUUGCAGAGAAAAAGGAAAAUUGUGAUUGAUUGGAUCAUUUUAGACAACUCCUCCAAAAGGUGAACCACAUUCUUGUCACUGGGUUUGGUAUGGUUACCUGAAUUUACAUCCAUUUUUAUUAUUUUUUAAUCCAUUUAUGCUUUGGUCUGUAGAGACUAUGAAUUGGUCACCUUUUUAAUCUUUGGAUAAGCACAGACCGUGGCAUCUAAAGCAAUUGACAAACGGUAUUUGUGCUUAAAUAUUAAUAUAGGAGAUCUGAAGAAGCAAUAUAAAAUGAACUUCAAUACGAUUUGGAUUGUUUUCCCCUGAAAGGUGAAAAUUAUUAUAAGACUAUCUGUAGAUUGUUUUUCAGCAUUAUACAUUGAUUUAAAAAAUUCUGCUUUUUAAGUAUUCCUUCUAAAAACAGCAUUUUUAUAUAUACAGUAAGGGAGUAAUUUCUGCUUCUUGGGUUAUAAUUUAGAUCUGUGUGCAAGAUAACAGGUAAGCCUGUUCCGUUGCACAGAUGUAAACUGAACCAUAUUUUUAUUUUGUUGCCAAGGCCUUGCUGCUACUUAAAAUCUUCAGAAAAAUCAGAGACAGUGGAGAGAGACAAGGACUUCUCUAAAUGAUAAGCAGACUUGCUUCAAGAUAAGUAAAUAACAAGGUUUUCAAUGUUGCUCAGAAGGUUUUUAGAGGCACUGUUAGCAAGUAGAGAGUGGAGUAUGUGGGUUCUAGAAGUUAUUGCAAAUACCCAGGUAGAAUUCUUCCAACCUUGUUAGAAGCAGCAAUAUCCAGUUACGAUAAGACCAAGAUUGACUAAUGAGGAGUUUUCAUCUAGAAUGUUGCUUUUCUUAUGAAUUGAAGGAUAUUUAGGAAAUGAGAAUCUGGCUGAAGCAUUGUUUUAUUUUGGUUCUGAGGACAAAGAUUGUUAAGGUGCAAGAUAUUUGGCCUCGGUAAAGGAUCUGUUGUUGGAUUUUUAAAAAUAAUA